AUGUUCGGGACGCUAUCACAGGACCAUUCUACCCAGGCCUCCUACAUUGUCCAGGUCACCGAUCCUCCCUUUCAGACAGACCGCAAUGCAAGAACCCCUCAUUUGGCCUGCAUGCCCUGUCGUACCAAAAAGCUCAAGUGCUCGGGGGAAAAGACGGGCUGUCAACGAUGUCAGGUGAAGAACCUGUCCUGCGUCUUUCCAGAUCAAUCCGCCUCGCGCUCCGCCAGGAAGCACCGCAGCAAGCGUUCCGAGUCCGCUGUAUCAGAGACCUCCCAUCAUCCGACGAACAGCAGUGCCAGCGGCAGACAAGGCUCUCCAGAACCACGUAACCAGCAGGUACAAUCGCCUAGUCAAAUACAUGUGGGCGAGGAAGAGAUGCACGAGGAUGUAUUUCUUGACCUACCCGAUUUCUAUGAUACGGGCUUGUCCUCUACGCCGGACGCAGAGGAUAUAUCCCGGUUAGAGGCGCCCCUGGGUCUGAGCAGUGGUCUACCAACCGGCUCUCUAUCAACCAACCUGGAAGACACUCUCGGUCACGGGUCUCUAUUCAACAUCAAUCAAGACCGGAACAAGCCUAACUUCCCCGGGCUACCAGCCUGCAUUGACCUCGACACCGACAUCCUUCCUGCAUUUUCAACAUCAGGAGUAGAACGCGUCUCCAUUUCCCCUUCCAACCAGUGCCACUGCCCAAGCCAAGCCCUCGCUCUCUACGAGCGCACUCAAAUUCUAUACAAUCGGCUUGACGCAACACCUCGCUCGACGAUAAACAGCCUUGACGCCCGGGAUACCCUCCACCGAAGCAAGGAGAUAAUCUACCAAUGUGAGAAUCUAACGGAAUGUGCUCUGUGCCGGACACAGUCUCACCUCGCUAUGAUUCUCCUCUCCGUCAGCCACCAGUUGAUCAUCUGUCUUAAGCGCCAGUGCACCACCACAAGCCAUCACCGGCUGACGGACUGA